GGGGCUCCGAGUGCCAACGAAGGAUAGGCGACGAGGAAACUGGGGGUUGGGGUCGGAGCUGUCUGGAGAUGCCGCAGGGGGAGGGUUCUCACGCCGCACGGGGCGGAGCCCUGGGACUCGGGGCGGGACGUGGAACAGAGACUGGUGGGACUUCCGAGCUGGUGCCAGUGGCAGGCGGAGCUCGGCGCCUGGGGGCGGAGCGAAGACGGACGGGGGGCGGAGCCUGGCUUUUGGAGGAGGAGUUGGAACAGGUUGAAGGCGGAGCCCGGGGGUUGGAGGCAGAGGGGGACGGAGCCCAGGCGCUGGGGGCGGAGCUUCAGGCGAGACAUGAGGCUGAGCUGGGUCCUGACAGUACUGUCCAUCUGCCUGAGUGCCCUGGCCACGGCCACGGGGGCCGAGGGCAAACGGAAGCUGCAGAUCGGGGUCAAGAAGCGAGUGGACCACUGUCCCAUCAAGUCCCGCAAGGGGGAUGUCCUACACAUGCACUACACGGGGAAGCUGGAAGAUGGGACGGAGUUUGACAGCAGCCUGCCUCAAAACCAGCCCUUUGUCUUCUCCCUCGGAACAGGCCAGGUCAUCAAGGGCUGGGACCAGGGGCUGCUGGGGAUGUGUGAGGGGGAAAAGAGGAAGCUGGUGAUCCCAUCAGAGCUGGGGUAUGGAGAACGGGGAGCUCCCCCAAAGAUUCCAGGUGGCGCAACCCUGGUGUUCGAGGUGGAGCUGCUUAAAAUCGAGCGACGUUCAGAACUGUAGCCCGACUGGGGAGGCGUAGGGGGAGAGACCCCCAUCAGGGACCAGACUGUUAAAAAACAAAAAAAUCCUUAAAAGCUCAA